GUAUAAUUACUUUUGUAGAAGAAAGUAACUAAACGUUUAAUUCUCUUUAAAGUAAAUCACCCUAUAAAAUCAAGAAAAUAUAUUUUGUACAAGUAUUAAAAUUAUACAUAUGCAAAAUCUGCCUAUACAUCGCGUCCCUAUAUAUACCUAUGAUCGUCAUAUCGAACAGAAAAAUAUAAUUCAAUUCACGUGUCAGGAGACAUUUAACACUUUCAAUGAGCCAAAUUUUAGGCGGUCGCGAAAUAAAUUCGUGUGCGUAUCCAUUUCCUGAACUCGCCCAAGCGACUUUUUUGUCAGUGUACGUAAAGCAAGACCCCGUGCGGAUAAUAUAAGCGAUGAGGUGCAGGGAAAGUGCUAAGCUAUUAUAGCGCGGAGUAUAUAAGACUCAGCCUAGAAAACGUAGCGGUUCAGUUAGUGGUCAUACGCCACGCUAAAACAUACGUGAACUCGAGAAUGAAUAUUAAGAUUGCCAUCAUUUUGGUGGCGGUGGCCACCCAAGUUGUAUGUGUAAAGAAUUCGAGCAAGGCGGAUUCGAACAAAAGCACGCAAAAUGCCGAAGCAGAGUCAACGGAGAAAAAAACUGAAAAACGUGGACUCCAGCAUAGUUUUGGUGACAUAGGGGGUGGCGGUGUCGAUCUACACGGUGGUGGUGGCGGCGGCGGCGGCGGCGGCGGUGGUUACGAAGCACACGAUCACGUGAAGACGGUGACGGUUGUAAAGAAAGUGCCGGUACCUUAUGAAGUAACAAAGCACGUACCCUAUCUGGUGGAGAAGCACGUACCGUACGAGGUGAAGGUCGGCGUGCCGCAGCCCUACACAGUCGAAAAGCAUGUGCCCUAUCCGGUGAAGGUGUUCGUCAAAGUGCCGGUCCACGUGCCACAGCCGUACACUGUCGAGAAGAAGGUGCCGUAUGAAGUGAAGGUGCCGGUGGACAAACCUUACGAGGUCAAGGUAUACGUGCCACAACCCUACACCGUGGAGAAGCACAUACCAGUGCCGGUGAAGGUACCGGUUCCGCAGCCCUACACCGUCGAGAAGCACGUGCCCUUCCCAGUAAAGGUAAAGGUGCCGGUACCACAGCCGUACCCUGUGGAGAAACCAGUGCCCUACGAGGUGAAGGUACCGGUGGACAAACCGUAUCCGGUCCAUGUGCCGAAACCAUAUCCAGUCACCGUGGAAAAACCGUAUCCGGUGCCGGUCGAAAAGCCAAUACCGUACGAAGUGAAGGUGCCAGUCGACAAGCCGUAUCCGGUGCCGGUGGAAAAACCAUAUCCUGUACCGGUGAAGGUGCCAAUUCCGCAACCGUACCAUGUUCACAAACCAGUACCGGUGCCGGUGGAAAAGCCGGUCCCGGUGCCGAUCAAAGUGCCGGUCGACAAGCCGUACUUCGUCGAGAAGGAGGUUCCGGUUCCGGUCGACAAGCCGGUGCCGGUGCCAGUUAAGGUGCCCGUUCAUAUACCAGUUCAUAUACCGAAGUACGAACAUCACGGUGAUCUGGGAGGCGGCGAUUACGGCGGAUAUGGUGGCGGCGAUGGAGGAGGCGGUGUCGACUUCCACGGUGGUGGCGGUUACGAUUCGUUUCACGGCUGAUCCUCGUGACAACGAAGCGCGACGGAGAAGAGACGCGUGAAGCGAGCAUCAAGAAGCGUUUUUACUUUCAACAAACGCUCUCGCUUUCUCGAUGUUAGACGAUCGCGUUUUCCUCCGAAUCGAGAUACUUUUCGAAAAUUAGUUUAUCAAUUCUCGAGAAGUAAUCUCGAGCGCUGUACGAAAUUUUAGCUGCUUUAAGCGAAGAUCUUUGCUCCGAGAUUGCUAGCAAAUUAGAAGAAAUAUGCAAGUGACAAUUAGCUGUCGCGACGUUGACGAGUUCAUCGACGUAUUCUUGUAUUAUAUUUCCGGUGGACGUAACGCGGUUAUUCGAUAAUACUCGUAGACUGCGUAUUCUAAGUUAAGCGGAAUCGAUUUUAUAUUCUAUGGAUUAUGUUCUUCGCGAUAACGAAUUGCGCAAAAAUAAAUUGACAUAACUGAACAAAUGUGUUCUGCUCUUUUAUGCCCUAAAAAGAUACACGCGCAGAUUACUGGCUGCACGUUAUUGGCUUAACGUUCGCGGCAAUCCGUUAUGUAUGUACACGCGUAGCAUUGCUGUGAGAUAUGUUUACCGUACUUGAGAAAAGUUGUACCUAAGAUAAGUGAAAAAUUCAUUGUGAAAAGAAUAUACCUAUCUUUUUAUAUCAAAGAUUUAAUAAAUACUGUGCCCAUUACACCUCACUUUUCUCGAACCUUAAUCUUAAUAGCGGAUCUAAAAGACUUCGCUUUUCUUAUCGCGAAUAAGAUGGAAUGCGAGAUAAUGCGGAGAGAUAAAAUAAUAAUGCAUCGUCCGUUAUGGUGUAUGACGCGCGCAGAUUCAUGCCGAUCAUAUCAAACGUGUUGCGCACAACAUAGCGAGAGUAUAAAUCAACGUCAAGAUUCACUUUCUCGAGAAAAUUUCGUCGACCGCGAGAACUCUCACUCUUCUAAAUUCAUUGUUCGGCGCAGGAACGCGCGUUUCUUGCGUAUUAUCCGAGCACUGACGACGUAGAGGGGAGGGAAAAAGAAAAACAUAUUUAUUUAUAUCCGCCGGAGUCCAAAAAGUACGAGUCAAGACUCGCUCGUAAAUUACGGCGACGCUUUCCGCGUUUGCCUUCCGCUCCGGCGAGCGCGGUAAAAGCCGCGACAUUAUUGAUGUUAGUGCCCGACGAGAGAUCGUUAAGUUCCCGAGCGCGAAAAUGGUCGAGGAGAGAGGGGGACGAAGGGGAAGUGUAUCCGAGCCUCGAGACAGAAGCUGCGUGCACUUCCGCAAACACUUUCGAUUCCUGGGCGAAUCUUAUAAUCUCCCAUGUACGCCCGGGCCGCAAUUAAGAGCACUCUAGACACACGCGUUCAAGAAAGCAUUACUUUCUCCGUCGGGGCCAACGAGCCUGCCGUGUAAACACGUAAAACGUUAUACUCCAAAGCGCGUCGAGACGUUCGAUGAACGUUAUCUCCGCCACUCCUUUCACCCAACUCGAUUGAAAUUUCAAUACCGAUCAAAAUUUGAUAGAGGGAAUUUUUUUGCUGCUCUUAAGUAGACGCAAACGCGAGUAUAACGUCAUUAUAAUUCGGUACGCGACGCCUUUUGAACGUCCGGAAUUAAGCACGUUCUGUAUUAGCCGCUAAUUAAUAUCUCGCUAAAAUGAUAUUCACAAAUUCAUAAAAAUUAAUUCACUUAAUUCGAUAGGAAAUAUUCGCCGGAUGGAGGAAAAUAUUUCUGGUGAAAUUGGGUCGGCCACAUCAACGAACGAAUUUCCUGUUUCGUUACACGGGACGGACAGCCGGCUUUACCCCGGGUUUCCCUAUCGAUAUUAUCAGCCGCCGCCACGGCGUAAUUGAAAUUCGCGGCGCGCAAUUAAAUACGAAUAAAGAUUAAGAUAUCCGAAGCGUUGUGUAUAUGCGCUACAUCGAAAAACCCGACGAACGUUUCACCGCUUCUCUCUCCAGUUUAACCACUAAUAAAAUCUAGGUUCCGCGAUCUGUUUAUGAUGGAUGCAAAAAAUUUACGGAAAACUGCCGUGGUGUAUUAUCGAACACAGGAGAAAUCGAUAAUGACGCAAGACACUCAGAAGAUACGCCGGUCCGCUCCCCUCUGCCGUUAAGUGCAAUUUAUAAUAUCGGAUGUACUUAGGUAGCACACGUUAUUAGUACACGUAACGAGCUAACGACAAGAUUAGUUAGUGGUCGAUGAAACGAUCGCGGUCUUGAGUACGUGAGACUGUAGAGUGUACAGUUUGUGAUUGUACGUGUAUAAACGCGUAUACGUGUGCGUGCGCCGAUGCAACGCGAGGUGAGACCGCGCGCGUUGGGCGAACGACCGGCUCUCCGUGAAAGUGAAAAAAAAAAAUGACGACGAUUCUGCGAUGCGUGAAUUAUAGCCCCACGCGCUGUACAGGUAUCAAGCUCUUUCCUACGCCGAGAUGCCGCGGGCACUUCCGGUUUUCUAUCGGCGCUCUUUGGUAAUAAUAAGGAAGAAAGUUUCCCGCCGCCUGCCUCGCGCUUUUGUAUUCCGUUCAUCUAACGGGAGGAUGCACCGCGCGUUUUAUUUCCGGACUGAUUCGCAUAAUCACGAUUUCGUAAUUGUUUCUCCGACGGGAAGACGCAUUACCAAUUACAAUAUACGCAAAAGGAUUGUUUCGAAAGUGCAUUUCACGUAAUAAUCCGUCCGAAUAAUCUUUCCGCACUUCUUAAUGAGAACUACUUGUUUAAUUUUAAUUUCAUUGUUCAAAUUAUAUAUUUCGUGUGUAAUUCGCAUUUCGUUUCUCUUUUUUUUUCCAACUCUGGUCGUCUUUGGAGAGACGAUGACGUUCUACGGCUUUUCCGUGACACAGGGGAAGCCAAUCGCGUAAACUAAAUUUCUGCACCAUUAUCUACUUCCACUCUCCGACGUUUCAACCCCGUUCCAGGUUUAUUCGCGAAGGAAGGAGGAAGAAGGGUAGGACGGGCUCUCUUAUCCGCCGUCGCUGUGGCGGGUGUCGGUGGCGCGACUGUGAAGCGAAGGCAAUUAUCGUAGCGAAACUUGAACGUGGCAACGCGCCCCGAGGACGAGACGGGCUUUCGAGCUUCGAUGUGUGGGAGUGAGUGUUUGGCGUCUGAUACGACGGGUCAGGUCCCCGGGGAUUCUCAGGGACUCAAACGGGACUAUCCCGCCGCCUCUCUCUCAUCACAGUUAAUUACCAGUCCUCGGCCGCGCGCUCAAGUCGGUCGGUCGUCUCUCUUUCUCACUCCGUUUACCUUAGUCCCUUUAGUCCUCCUCGAACCCAUAUCGCUUCCGCCGAGCGAACCACCCUCAAUAAUCCGAGCGACCGUACCGUUUCCUACUGUUCUGGAAGCUUUUUUCCCAGCCAAAGUAAUUUUCGCGAAACGCGCAAUCAAUUGUUAAAUUACUUUAAAAGCGAAAUAAAGAAUUACUAUCUCCUUCUUUUAUUUUACGCACACUAAAUUGCACGAGAGAUUGCUUGUGUGUAGAUAUAUAUUUUUAAAGUUGUUUUUCUACCGUUACUAAUAUAUAUUAUCAUUAAAAUGAUUAAUUUAACUUGUAUCAGUAUUCCUGCACUCCAUUCACGAAUCGUAAUAAAAGUUUCUAUCCAAUUAUUACAAGACUUUCCCUGCAUUAGGCGCACUCGAGAGAUACACAUCUUAUACGAGGCGCGUUCUUUAACGCGAUGGAAAAAAACAAUCGUACGGAUAUCCGAAAGGCUUUUUUCAUAAACGCCCGUUAAUGGAUUUGAUUCGCGCAGGAUGUCUGAUACAGAGUGUGUCAGGCAUGGCGGGACAAAAAAAAUAUAGAUUCGUACACAUUUCAGCGGUGUCACACACGUAUAGAUAUUUUAAGAGUUACGUGCAAUCAAUAGGCGACAGGGAAACCCCCGUGGGAAUCCAAGCGAGCGAAUCGUAGCGGGAUUGAACGCUUGAAAUGGAAUAAUAUCCAAUAAUCUGGCAGCCGAGAGAACGGGAUAAAAAGGGACGUUUUAUCGGGGCAUCGCAGCAUCCAACCAAGCGGUAUCCGACCAUUUCCGCCAAGCUCCCGGAGCCAUUUCGCCCCCGUUCUCGGGGCUAGCCGGUAAAAUUAAUUAUUGAUUUCGGAUACGCGCAUUCAGUCGCGGCGGACAGCUUUUAAUCGAAAACGAGCCAUCCGUCGCACACCCAUUUCCGACCGCUACGAAUUUAACAACGGAUCGAUCUGGAAAUGCCUGUUUGUGUUACACCAUCACCGCUACUGCUCGUGGCAAAAGACCUCCGACUAUUUGCGGCUAUUCGUUUCAAUUCUGUUUACGAUAACUUUCAAGGUUCUCGACACAUUUAAACCAGAUGCAAAAUAAAUAUUUAAAGUUGGAAACCUGAGUUUCGACAAAUUAAAUAAUAAAAUAAUUCAAGCAAUGCAAUUAUAUUAUAUAUGUUAAUUUGAAUAUUAAUUUGUUCGUAUAUUAAUAUAUAUUGAUUAAUAUAUAUUCUCGAAUUAUAGCUUAUUUCAUAUUUAUCUGAAUGUUAUCAAGAUAUAUUCAAAUUGACAAAACUGACAAAA